CACUCUGUCACACACUCACUCAUUCAGAUCAAAAACACAAUUUUGGGGAAAAAAAAAAUUGAAUUUGACUCAUUUGAGAAUAGAGAAAUGGCGGCAACGGAGGCAGCAGGAAAGUUAGCGUACAGAAUAUACAGAGCAGUGAGCUACGGUGCAGAGCCGGUGGUGAAUCUUCACCUACGGUGGCGCAGACUUCGUGGCCGCGAACACUCUCUCCGCUGGACCGAGCGAUUGGGCCUUCCUUCUCUCUCUCGGCCCACCGGCCCACUCCUCUGGUUCCACGCCGUCUCUCUAGGUGAAGGAAUUACGGCGAUUCCGAUAAUCAAAGAGUGCAUGAAGCAGAGGCCUGAUGUGAACGUUUUGAUGACUACUACAACAGUGUCUGCAUUCGAAGUAAUAAGUAAACGGCUUCCAAGUGGUGUCAUAUAUCAGUUUGCCCCACUUGAUACUCCUUCUGCAGUUGGUGCUUUCCUUGACUAUUGGAAGCCAAAUGCAAUCAUCCUAAUAGAGAGUGAACUAUGGCCAAAUCUUAUUAUGGGUGCCUCAGAAAAUGGUAUAGUGCUGGCAUUGUUGAAUGCUCGAAUGUCUUCAAAAUCCUUUAAAAAAUUUUCGGGACCAUUGCUUCUUCCACUGAUUUCAUUGAUGCUGUCAAAGUUUUCUUUGAUUGUCCCCUUGAGCACUAUGCAAGCGAUCCACUUCCAACUACUACAAGCCUCUCCUUAUAUCAUAAAAUUUUCCAAUGACCUAAAAUAUGCGGUAGAAGAAUUUGAUGCUUCAGAGGGAGAGUUAAGAAGUAUACAGGAUCUGAAGUUACAGCUUGCCCACAGGCAGGUUUGGAUGGCCUCUUCCAUACAUAGGGGUGAAGAAGAAAUAAUGCUAGGAGCUCAUAGAGUGCUCACGGAAAUGCAUCCAGAUAUAGUCACUAUACUUGUGCCUCGCGAUCCACAACAUGGACUAGAAAUUGCUCAAGAACUGCAGAAAGCAGGGCUAAAUGUAGCUUUGAGGUCUCGACAAGAGAACCUUAAGCCAGGAACUAAUAUAUACAUUGUGGACACAUUAGGUGAGUUGAGAUACCUGUAUAGGUUAACUCCAAUAGCUGUAGUUGGAGGUUCCUUCUUCUCUGGUUUGGCUGGCCAUAACAUAUUUGAAGCUGCUGCAGCUGGCUGUGCUGUUUUGACAGGUCGUCAUGUUGGGCAUUUCUCACACAUGGUACUAGAAAUGCAACGAUUAAAUCCUUUGUCAGUUCUGCAGGUUUCUGGAAAAUUAGAGCUUGAGAAAGCGCUCAAGGAGCUCUUCAGUGAUGCCAAAGUUCUAGAAGCACGCCGCAUGGCUGCAAAACAAGCAUUUCGUGCUUUGUCCACUGGUAUUGUUGCCAAUGUUUGGAGUCUGCUAAAUGUCCAUGUUUUAAAUCAGGCUCUCUGUUAGAAACUUAAUCAAGACUGACAUGCAACAAAAGUAAUGUGAAGGUGAAGACUGUUUUAUUCUACAACAAUGAAGUACUUACCAAUUUAAUGCUGAUUAGUGCGUCUGGAACCUGUCAUGGCUCUUCAUACACUAGGCACAACCUUUCUAGCUGUAUCUUUCAAGUCACACUGAUCUAUACAAUCUCAUUCGGUGGGUGUUAUAUUGGUGGUCCGCUAUGCCAUUGGGUACAUUCAAUUUGGACAUCAACUUUUGUCCAUAUGAGAAGGUGAAAGAGAAAUUUAAGUGGUGUUGUAAUCAUGUGUUACCCUGUACCAAAGUUGCAUCUAGCCUGGAUUUGAGUGAAAUAGAAAGAUAAUUAUGCAAUACAAAUUACAGCUCAUGUCUUUUUUAUACCUUGUACAGUACAUAUUCUUUUGCAUCUGUUUCUAUAAAAUUUAUGUAUUUUUGCACUGACAUUUUGUUUCUUCAUGUGUCUCUACCCACUUCAAAAGGCUGCAUUUGAAAAUGAUACAACUAUAAGGGAAUUAUUUUCUUCCCUUUUUUAAGUAAUUUGAGAAGUUUUGGUACUUUGAAAUUUGUUAUUGGAAGCUUCAAGGGGUGAUAUAAUCCUCUUUCACAUCCAUUAUGGUGUUGGUGUCAAAGGGUUUGGCUGUAGCGAACCUUUUGAUUUGCCUGUUCUUUAGAACUGCAAGCUUGGGAGCUUAAAAGACAUUGGAUAAUGAAGAAGUGUUUAAUGUACAGAGCCUGGUUCAGCAGGAGGCAAUCUCUGCUGUAUUUCUCGUUCCCCGACUGUCGUAGCUGUAUCUCUAGCAUGUUGAUUUUCUUGCAAUUCCUUGAAGAAGUGGUCUAGAGUCCCUCAAUGAGCUCAAUCCCAGCUUUUCCACGGCCCCAUGGCAAGUGAAUUGACUCUCAUUAUUACUGCCUCCAAGGGACUGGAUUAUAUCUUCAAAAAGAAACUCAUCGCAAGGUAUGGCAAGAGGGCCACUCUUGUUAUGAACAUUCUCUUCAUAAGCUUGGUCUAGCAACUGUCGAAUUACUGGGUGGUUCAGGUAAUCCGCUCUUAUAACAAACCUCUUGCUAGCUUCUCCCACUUUUACAGCCAAGUGACCUGGAGGAACGUCCCGGGGGGGUUUCUUUGCUCCGCCUCUGGCAAACUGCCGCCACAUGCAAGCCAUUCUUUUGAGGUCUCAGGUAUGCAUGUGAAGUAUUUGAGAGCUUAGAAUGGCCCAUGGUGGUGUAUUUAUCAAGCAGGGAAAUAUCCUCUACAGUUAGGUCCUAUACAGUUUAUGCUUUUACAUGUCACAACAUCCCAUAUAGACAAAGUUAUUCAAUCAUGUAUCCUGUUAGAAGAAUGACUUAAGAUAACUAGGUUUUGACAAAGUUUUGUUACUGCAUGAAUUGUAGGUUACGUUGCAUAGAACUAUACAUUUUGGCAUUAUGCUAUUGAGGGAUUUUGGGGGUUUCCCUGGUCA